GAUCUACAGUGGCUGAAAGUCACCGUUGCAUGCUUGGGUAGGAUGGGCAUCACAAUGGCUUAUGAGAUGGUUUGCCUGGUCAAUGCUGAACUGUACCCCACAUUCAUCAGGAAUCUCGGUGUCCUGGUCUGUUCCUCCAUGUGUGACAUUGGCGGCAUCAUCACACCAUUCCUGGUCUACCGCCUCACCCACAUCUGGCUGGAGUUCCCACUGGUGGUGUUUGCUGUGGUUGGCCUCGUUGCCGGAGGAUUGGUGUUGCUGCUACCAGAGACCAAAGGCAAAGCUCUUCCUGAAACCAUAGAGGAUGCUGAGAACAUGCAGAGGCCAAGAAGUAAAGAAAAGAGAAUUUACCUCCAAGUGAAGAGAGCAGACCUUCAGCACAGCUAGAGCAAAGCCAUGAUUCCUGCUGUGUCCUGGCUUUGUUCAAUAACAGAUUGAGAGCAGCGCUGUCCCACCCAGGAGAGGCCACACAGUCCAACUGCACUUCCCCCUGUGCUCCCUCAACUAAGAGCUGUGGCAGCACCGCCUGCUGCCCUGGUGUGUAAGGCUCCACCUACCGGCCAGAUCCUGUCAGGAGCUUCCCCCUCACCAGCUCUCCGCAUUCCCAGGAAAAGGGACAUUGGUUUCCGGAUUAUUGCUUCAUCUGUAAUUUCUUCAUUUGAUUCUUUUCUCCACAAGUACAUCACACCAAAAUACACAGGGGAGCUGUGGGCCAGGAAAAACAAAUUAAAAAAAUCUAAAAACAAUGAAAUUGGGAGAAGAGAUUUUAUUACUUUAAGGAAAUAAAACACUCAAGUCAAUAUCAAAUUAUCCAGAAUGUACACCAAUA